AUGGAAGCAGUAUUGAUCAAGGUUGCAUUGGCAAUCCUCGCCCACAGUCGGAUCCGCGCCUGCGCCGUCGGUGAGCUGGCGCUAAACUACUACAAUGUCCCCCGUGCCAUCCACGACAUCGAGAUAUGCGUCCCUCAUGACCAGGUCUCCAAAGCUGCCGAGCUUCUUUGCUCUACGGGUUUGUUUGAGCCAUCUCCGCUAGGCGAGUUCAACCUCUUCACAGAAUACAAGAAGGGAUAUCCCAGGCUCCGCGCUACGUCUUGGUCCUCAUCUCAUUUAGGCCUGGUCAUCUUCUCGGACACCAGUUUUGGCCUGCGACCACUCGAGGAAUCGGUUGUCCCAAAUAUCAAGCCCUUAGACAGCGCAUGCUACAGUAAGCAAAUCCUGGACGUUGUGGCUUCUAACGACCUCAACGCCAUACCAAUGCCGUGUCUCGGCCCCUACUUUGCCGGGCUAUGCAGGCGCUAUCUGGACCUUGGCGACGACGUUGCGAUGAUUGCGGCAGAGCAACUUGUUGACGGGAUGAACCUCGAUCAGAAUUGGGUGACGAAAAACAUCGCCUCCGCUGAGCAGGAUGUGCAGGAGUUGGCAAGGCAAUUAAUUCAUGGGAAGGCCUCACGUCUCGAUGAUUUGUCCGGUAACACUGUUACCUGUUUCGUGGCAAACGAAGACGAAGCAGAAGCCCUUCGCAACAUUCCCGGCUUCGAAACUCUCGAGGUAGGGUUGUAA